AUGAUGAACACCAACCAGCUCCGACUCUGCUCCCCGGCGGCGUCGGCCUCGGCCUUCUACCUUCGAUUCUUUCCGGCUUCGAAUGCACCUCUGGUCGCCGGCACAUACCAGCGCCGCCCGACCAACAUCGCAAAUAACGACAACAACAAAUAUACAAAUCCGCAUGCCGGUCACGGUACGGCGGGGGCGGCCAGCGGCGACAGCGCCUUGCGAGCACCAGACGACUGGCCGGCGGCUGCGGCGGAGGCGCUGGUUUCGGGGCCGCUCCGCCAGCCGCUCUCCGGCGGCACCAAGUCAGCGGCGGAACGGAUGCCGUACGCGGCUUCGGAGGGGUUUGAAGGCGGUGGAAGUGAUCCCGGCAUGUACGACAGGCAGAGCAUCUCCCGCAGCGACAUCGGCGCCACCUCAGGCGCCACAGAUGACUGGACGGACAGGGCAGCGGAGGCCGCCGUACAGUACGGCGGCGGAGGCUCCGCCGCCGGUGCUGCACAGCCGGGGCCGGCGUCGUCGAGCAACGAUUCAGCAGCGGUGGCGGCGGCACAUCGAGCGCAAUCGGCUUCUUAUGGCGCCGUGGACAAGACCCUUGACGCCGCCGCCACCGUGGCAGCCAAAGCGUCGUACAUCGGCAUAGCGACGGGAGGUAAGGCUGCGGCUGCGGCCGCUGAGGCGACGCAUGCUGUCGGCGACGCCGCAGGGGCCGCAGCGGAGCGGGUGGUAGGUACGGCACAACGCCUCGGCCGCGCCGCGGCGGAUGCGGUUGAGGUGGCGGGCGAGUACGCCUCUUCGGCGGGUCUCCGUGCCGAGGCCGCGCUACAGGGCGUGGAGGCGGAGGCAUUAGAGCGUGCACGUCGCAUACGGGCGGCGAUGCGGGCGAAGGCACACCGUACGGCAGACGGACUGGCGGAUGCCGUAAUGGCAGUAGAGGGGGAGCACGGCGGGGAGGUGGAGGAGAAGGACGCGGGCGGGGGCUCUGGACGCAGCAACAGCGUCAGCGGGGCGGGCGUCGAGAGCGGGUGUUCGGAGUAG